AUGCUGCUGGUCUGGACGGGACCACGGCGGCAUCACGUUGCUCUUGGGGCCUCAUGCUUUGCGGAGAGGGCGGCCGUCAUCCUCCUCGAAUCAUGGCCGAGCCCGCUGGACCUGUCGCCCUCGCAGAGCCUGCCCUCGCCCAUCUGCGCGCUGCCCCGUCCUGACUUGCGCCCCCGUCACACCAACUUCAUCUCGUCGUGGAAAAAGUCGGACGGCCGUGUUGGGAGACCUGGCUACUGCUCAUUUGCACGACGACCCAGGGAAGCUGACAUAGCGCGAGCGGCGCGAGAGCCACGAUCCAGUCCACGAAGCCCGCAGUUUCUCCCCAACUCCUCCCUCGCCCAUUUCCCCAGGCCCGUCGCCAUCACCACCAUCCCACGCUCAUCACCGCUCCCGCGCCGCAUCACCGCGCGCCGCCCUCGCUCCGCCGCCAGCCUCGCCGCCAGCCGUGGCCGCGAAGACGCGCAUCCUCUCUUGCCGGCGACGUCGUCUCUCCAUGGCCCCCUAGACGCCGUCCGCGAUUGUGCCUCUGAUGUUCCGGAACCCGGUGUUGCAGCGGCCUGCCGAUGA